CCGGUCCCGGUCGACGACUUAGCCUCAGCGCUGCGAAAACUCCUCCUGAACGGCCGUUAGCACCCUCUCUAUGACGGAUGGGCAGAACGUCCUGCAUGUACAGCCACAGAUGCAGACGUCGUCCUCCUCCCCUGCAUGACCCAGGGUUGCCCGAUCACAGCCAUCGUCGACUCCAGCUCCGCAGAGUCCGUUUUUCGCACCACCUCUGUACUGAAUUCGGCAUCGAAAUACAUGCGGAUGCUGUUAUCGGCAGACCAUCAGUCGUCGACAGGAGCGACCGUCGAAGUGUUCAGCCGGAGGGGAAAGUGUAGCAAACACAGAACGGGGUCAGCUUCCAUCAAUCAGCACCAUUGUUUGACAUGGGCAACACACCUGAUUGUGCGACACCCUUCUCGCAUUACAUAAAUAAUAGUCACACGCAUCUCAUCGCAUUUCCCCGAUGUAUCUAGCCCUCAAAGGAUUUAUUGCAGUCUCUGUCCAGGAGGUGAUUCGUGCCUGAUCCCUUCGCUUCCAGUAUUCUGUUCUCUGGAGG